CUUGUUCAGAAACAAUUGCAGAUUAUAAUUACACUUACAAAGUUGAUUGGACUGAAGUUGACAAAAAUGUAAACUAUUAUAUUGGAGAAAAGGCUCUUUGCCUACAUGAUAAAGAGAAUAAAUUUAUAUUAUUCUAUCUAAUACAAUAUGAUGAAUUUAAUACUAGAGAUUAUAAUUCUAUUAUAGCAGUUGUUGAACAAUUUGAAAUAGAAAAACUGGCGAUUUCUUCAAAGAACUUUAAUCUCAAAGGUGAUGAUAAAAAUGCUACUAUUCUAUAUAGAACUUCAUCAUAUUUUUAUAGUGAAAAAGAUUAUAUAUAUUUAGAAGGUGAAAGAAACACAAUGUAUAAAAAAAAGGGCAAAAGAACUAGUUCUGAUACAUCUUUAAACUUUAAUACUUUGCAACGCUUUAAAAAAUGUAGAAUAUCGACUACAUCAGCUUUAACAUCAUCAUCCACAUCAUUCUCAGCUAUAUCA